AUGGUCUCUUUCACCACCUUGGCUGCUGGCCUCGUCGCCAUCUUCGCCUCCUCUGCCAUGGCUGCCCCUACCAACGCUGCCGCCGCCGCCUCCGGUGACUUCACCCACUACAGCCCCUCUGUCGGCCUCGGCGCCUGCGGCCAGCUCCACCAGGACAGCGAGUUCGUCGUCGCCCUCUGUGACAAGGGCUUGGUGUCGACGGUGUUGUUGGCCGUGUUCACGGUGGUUGGUUCGUUGACGUGUGACACCCUCUCCCACGCCGACUUCGAUCCCCGGGCCCCCGGCGGCAACCCCAACAACAACCCCCUCUGCGGUCGCCGCCUCCGCGCCAGCUUCGAGGGCAAGUCAGUCGAGGUCGCCGUUGUCGACCGCUGCCCUGCCUGCUCCGCCGGCAGCUUGGAUCUCAGUCCCGCUGCCUUCUCGCAGCUCGCUGAUCUCGGCCGUGGCCGCAUCCAGGGUUCUUGGGUCUGGCUCUAG